AUGUCAUCUAAUAUAAUUAUUAACGAUAAAUAUGCAAAUGAAUUGAAAUUAAAUAGUUUUAGUGCAAUUACUGAUAAAAGUUUGGCGCCAAUAAAUGGGAGAUAUAGAUCUAAAAGUUUGUCCAGUGAUAAGUUGAAUAAAACAAAUGCGGAUCGGGCAGCAAUAUUAGAAGAUAUUGAAGAUCAUCAUGUUUCAGAGAAGUCUGAAACUCCAGGGUGUUUGGUGGGCCACAGAAUCACAGAUGAACAAGGACAGAACACGAUAAACAAGUAA